AUGCCUGACCACCACUACGAGCUCGAAGUAAAGAUGUCCUGCUCUGGCUGCUCAGGCGCCGUCGAGCGGGUGCUGAAGAAGCUCGAGGGCGUUAAGGAAUACAAGACCGACCUGGAGACGCAGAAGGUCACUGUCACGACGGACGAGACGGUCGACCUCGAGAAGGUCAAGACCGUCAUUGGAAAGACCGGGAAGGAGAUUGUUUCUGCGAAGGAGGUUGUGGUUUAA